AUUAGCGUGGUGGACACCAGCGAGCGCACUACACCACGAUUAUGUUAUGAUUUCUCGCACAGUGACAAAGAUGGAUAAUUCACCUAUAAUAUUAUUAUGUCUCUUCAUUCUCGUUCAGUCAGCACUCACUCUGGACUUGCAGCAUGAACUCGACCAUACAGAGAUUAAUACUCAAUCAGAUGUUCGAGGUCGCCGUGAUGUCAUUGAAGAAGAGAAAUAUUUCAACAUCAACUCAAAUAUGGGAAAAGAAAAUAACAUAAAUCAUCAGACACCAUGGAUGCCUGGCCCUUUGCCCCCAGAAGAAGAUCCCACUACUAAAGUUUCGCUCACAAAUCCAGAAGUCAAAGAAGUAUUACCGUUAUAUCAAACAACUGAAAGGGUGACAGAUAAACCUACUGGUAGAGGAGCUCGAGCUUCUAACGAAAAUUGGAUCAAACUUCCUUUCCCUGAUCAAGAUAACGGUCAAAGAGACGAUAUCUUAACACCACCUCAACCUUCCGGUGAUCUUAUCAACUCCCGAAUGCCUCGUGUUAAUUUCGUGACACAGAACAAGCAAUUGGAAGCGUCAGAAUCGCGGAACGACAAAGAGUCAAUACAACGCGCCACUAGAACAGAUAACAUAAGAACGGAAUUCGUAAGACCUGACCGGGAGGACGAUCGUUUGAAACCUUACAAGCCGGUAUACCCUCGACAAGCAGUGUAUUACCCGGAAGAGUCUAGACGACAUUACUACGAUGAUGGAUAUUAUCCCGCGGAUGAUUUAUACAGGCGCGAUCCUUACUAUGAUUUAUAUGACCGAAGGAGGUACCCGGCUUACGGGCCGAGAGUCGAUAGGUACGAUGAUGGAUACGAUAAUUAUGUACCGAGGAAACCGAAACGUAUCAUAUAUUACGCCCAUCUACCGGACGUGGUGAGGACACCGCCCAGUGUAGAUUUAAGAUACAGGUAUAACGCUGACCCUUACAGAGGUUACAACGACGAUUACUAUGCGAGAACAGGACGAUACGACUACAGAUUCAGAAAUAGGUAUCCUUACGCACCUUUAAGAAAGGAGGAGAGGAAUUACAGAGAUUUGGCUGGCGCUGGCACUGUUGUUAAAGAUAAAAAGAUCGACGAAAAAAUAACUCCGACACCGAUAUUGCCCCAAAAAGAAGAGAAACCUAGAAUCAGUUCUAAUGGUAAUAUAAACAAUAGAAAUGUAAAUAGAAACUUGAUCAACAGUCACCAGUAUCACGACGAUCUAGCGGCAUAUAACGACCAGUUGACUCACAAAGCUUUCCAAGACGUAAUGAGGCCGGAUGAGAGCUAUCUGAGAUUCGAGGAGCCGCUGUUCCAAGGCACCGUAGAAGAUCCAUAUCAAAGGAAAUAUUAAAAUAUUUUCAGUGAGGUUUCGUUUUUGACUUGUUUUUGAACUUCGAAAACAAGUCACGAACGUGUUUUUCAACCGAUUAAUGUAAAAAAUUAUAUAAUUGUCAUAACUAACAAAGUAAUUUAAUAAUAAUUUAUUUAGAAAUACAAAUUAAGCUAAUUGCAGAACUAUUUGUACAAGUUGCCGCUAAUAAAUAUAAUUACACAGAGUCUCAGUUUAAUUAUUCUUAGGGAAGUCAAGAGUUCGCGACAAAUUGUACAAGCUAUAAAUCGAGUGUUCAAAUUAAAACACGGCUGGAGGGUGAAGAUGAAUUUCAUUAAGAAUUAAUUAAUGUCAUUCUUAAACGGUUUUGUUUUUCCACGGGAAUAAAAAGCAUCUGUCGGUACGUUUGGACGGCGACG